AUCACAUAUCCCAGUCCCUGAUGUUCAAGAUGGCGACCUCCUGUUCACUAUUUUAUGCGCCCCUGAGGCUCUGAGUAAAUAUUAUCGCAUACUUAAAUUAUUCAAAAUUUCAGACCAUUAUAAACGUUAAGGACUAAGUUUCCUUAUGUUAUCGACAGCAACAGCAUAUAUUUAUUUGGUUUUCCAAUGCUAACCAUCGACGUUGUCCCGAGUCUUGUAUCACACUGAAGGGGGAAACAGCAUUUUCGGCAUGGCCACCGACAGCAGAAUACAUUUUUGGAAAAGAAACACGAAGGUGCCAGGGAGUCUACAGCCUGUAUAUGGGGCUCAACAUCCUCCUCUGGACCCGCGUAUCCACCGAGCAUUUCUCAAAGACGCUCCAAAGUCAAACAGCACUCAGAAUGUCAAAUCCAAGAAGGCCUCUAGCUUCCUCGAGUUCGCACGGAGCACCAACGACGCCUGGGAUAUCGACGACGAGGAAGAUGAAGAUCUCCUCAUGGGCGCUGCGCCUCCAGCCCCCGUGCCGCACUCUCGACCUGCAGUCUCCACCUUCCUCCCCACCCAGGCAGACAGCGACUCGGAGGCCCACCCCUCAGACACGCUGGGCCCACUCCGGAGCGAGCCGUGUCACGACCAGCAGAUGACUGACGACAGAUCGACCAAUGGCAGGGUGAUGAAGUCCAAUAGUGACGCCCAGCUUAACACCUCCUCAGUCCGCUCCAGCCUGCAGAAGCAGCAGUCUCUGCCAGUGCGUCCCAUAAUCCCUCUGGUGGCACGCAUCUCUGAUCAGAACGCCUCCGGUGCGCCACCCAUGACCGUGCGGGAGAAGAGCCGCCUGGAUAAGUUCCGGCAACUUCUGGCCAGCCCCAACACUGACCUAGAGGAGCUUCGGAAGCACAGCUGGUCGGGGAUCCCCCGGGAGGUGCGGCCAAUCACCUGGAGGCUGCUAUCGGGCUACCUCCCUGCCAACAUGGAGCGCAGGGAGCAGGUGCUUCAGAGGAAGAGGGAGGAGUACUUCGGCUUUAUAGAGCAGUACUACCACUCGCGCACAGAUGAGCACCACAGAGACACCUACAGACAGAUCCACAUCGACAUCCCAAGGACGAACCCCUUAAUCCCUCUCUUCCAGCAGCCACUGGUGCAAGAGGUGUUUGAGAGGAUCUUGUUCAUCUGGGCCAUACGUCAUCCGGCGAGUGGCUAUGUGCAGGGCAUCAACGACCUCGUCACCCCCUUCUUCGUGGUGUUCCUGUCGGAGUUUGUGGAGGAGGAUGUGGAAAAUUUCGAGAUGUCUGGCCUGCCUCUGGACACUCAACGGAAUAUCGAAGCAGACAGCUUCUGGUGCAUGAGCAAGCUUCUGGACGGCAUACAGGAUAACUACACGUUCGCACAGCCUGGCAUUCAGAUCAAAGUGAAGGCCCUGGAGGAGCUGGUCAGCAGAAUCGAUGAGGACAUCCACAAUCACUUCAAGAGGUGUGAGGUAGAGUACCUGCAGUUUGCCUUCCGCUGGAUGAACAACUUGCUGAUGAGGGAGCUGCCCCUGCGUUGCACAAUACGGCUGUGGGACACCUAUCAGGCCGAGUCAGAGGGAUUCUCUCAUUUUCACCUGUACGUCUGUGCUGCCUUCCUCAUCAAGUGGCGCAAAGAGAUCCUCUCCCAUGUAGACUUCCAGGGUCAGCUGAUGCUUCUCCAGAACCUACCCACAAUCCACUGGGGCAACGAGGAAGUGGGACUGCUCCUGGCUGAAGCCUACAGACUCAAGUAUAUGUUUGCGGAUGCCCCCAAUCACUACCGGAGAUGAGUCCCUAUGCAAUGGCACAACGGCAUGGACCUGGAAGCUUGAAGUUUUUUUUAUUAUUAUUAUUAUUCAUUUUGACUGACAAACCCUUAAAAUUGACUGGUGUGUUGGUAAACUAGAGAUGGUUCUGGUAAAAUGGGUGUGUGGGGUAGCCUCACCACUCCUGUCAGCUGUGCCAUCUCCUCCCUCCCUACCUCCCUGUGGACCCCUGUGAUUUUAUUGUAGCUGAACCGGUCAUGUCAACAUCUGGAGAGCAGUCCAACGCAGUGCUACAGUAUUGAGCAGUGCUACAGUAUUGAGUGACUCCAACCAACACAACGGCGUGAAGGCCGCCGGCCUGACCACAGAAAUCCUCAAUGCAACAGUAUUGACUUUCUUCACACUCGGCAUGAAAAACCCCACGUGGAGGAGGGGUUAUUAGUGAUUGUUGGGGUGAAGAUGACAGCGCAAGGCGAUUGUGCCUUUGAUCGACCGGCCUGAACUCGCAAACCCCCCCCCCCCUUCCACACCUGCACUCACUUCACCAGUGUGCGCCCGCUCUCUUUUCGCUGCCAUGGUCACCAUGGUUUCCGUGUGUUUUCAGAUUCUGGUGACGAAUGUUCUGCAGAUGUUCUAAACACCAGUCUCAGCCUGUUGUGAGUGUGCGGGGCUCAACAGAUCCCGAGAUUCAGCAGGAGUGGCACUGUUGCCAUAGAGGCCCCUGCAUAGGAGCGAACUAUACAGACAUGUUGGACCAAUCAGAAGGGCUUUAUGGGUGCCCUUAUAUUGUUUUUCUUUGGUUGUUGUUGUUGAUUGUUUGUUUGCUUUAGUUUCCUGUUUGUUUGUUUGUUUUCUCCAAGAAACAAAAGCCAGCUUUGGUUUUGUUUUUAAACAAUCAGACUGUGAACAUGUGAACAAUCACUGUUUUUAAUCAUGGCAUUAAUGCAUAGAGAUGUUAUGCAGGAAAAUGCACAAAAACAAAAAAAUAAUUCUCAUGUACUAUCGGGUGUUAGAGUAAGGCUGAGUGGCAUUUUUCUCUCUGCAGCUCUUUUAUUUGUGCAAGUCUGUGGUACUGGAGGAAGGAAGUGGACUCGGUGUUCAUUGAGAUAAAGUCGUUUGCUACUGAUGACACUGAUUCUGAACUGGCAUAAUGAGUAGAGCUUGAGAGGCUAAGACUGUACCAUUAGUCCCAGUAGACGUAAGGCGUAUUUCUUACCCACAGUCUUAGAUUAAUACUCAUGGAACAAGUUGGUGGAAAAGUAUUAAUCUCUGUCAGUUUGAGACCUCACUUUUGAGUCUGUCCCGAACUGCUCAGAAACCUCCACGGUAGACUGGUUUGGAUUGAAGCAGCGUAGGAGUCUUCUGUUUGAAUGGCCAGUGCGGUAGUACUCUUACCUGUUUGAGAUGGUACGUUUAAAAAAAAAAAAAAAGGCCACUCUAGUCUACUCACUGCCUUUUCUGUUGCCUUAGCAGUUUCCUUUGGCAGCAUGUCACUUUACUGUAAUUGAGGGUUUGACCCCUGUGACCCUCCGAGCCCUGAAGGAAGUCGGUACGGCUGAGAGAGAUGACCACGGGUACAUAUUGAUUGUUUCAUUGGGCAUUUAGAAUGUGUUUAGUGUUCUUUUUUUUAGUGUUUGUUUGUUUUUUUCUUUCUUUCAUAUUUGCUCUUUUUAGUUGAUGAAAUAUUGAAAGUAAUUAAAGAGAAUUCUUUAUAGGACAGGUGACUGAGUCGUGCCUAGUUUAAAGCUUUGAUGGCUAGAAAACACACAGCCUCCUCUUUAUAUUUCAUCAAACUGUGAUGGAAGUUGUAUAGAUCUAAAAAAAACUUUAGAUUUAUUAUAUGUGAUUGUGUUCAAUCCCCCAACCUCCUAGCCUUCACAGACUGCAGAUGUAGGCCUGAGGUAGACUAGAGUAUCACACACACACACACACACACACACACACAUCUUUUGAGUCGCUACAUCAACAUUGUUCAAUUUUUCCUCCCUCUGAUGUUUUUAUCACCAGGUCUGUGGCAUGGAAAUAGCAAACUGAACCUGGAGCAUUGCCUUCAAACUAUAUUUAAUUGUGUGUGUGUGUGUAUGUCUGUGUGUCUGUGUGUAUGUGUGUGUCAGAGAUGGUUGUAACAAGAAAUGUGGCAUUAGCAAGUUCUCUUCUGCUGCCUAGAAACACCGCUGCACUCCCUCUAUCCCUCCCUCCCUACCUCUCUCACUCCCUCACUCGCUCUCUCACUCCUCCCGUUUUAAUAGAUUGCGUUUUAUUCCCAGAGACCUGCCAGAAGACUUAAAUCAAGCUCACCUUCACCACACCGUUAGACACAGACAGGCGCUCCACUCAGCCUCGGCCCAGUCCAGCCCACCCCGGCUUGUCCGUCUAGCGCUGGAUCCGCGCGUGCCGUGAAUUACACCUGACACGGCUUGGCAUGCCUUGGCUUUGGCCCAUCGGUGGGGCAGCCUCCCGUGCCGCUCCCAUCCUGCGUUCUCCUCCACUAAUGGCUCUUUAAUAGGAUAAUGUUCGACGCUGUCGAAGAGAUGAGUCUUCUGACUACAGGUCUUAAUCGUGUGCUUUCAUUAAGACCUGUACUCUCUCUUCCCUGUACAUCAGUCAAAUAGGUUUAAAAACCAGGUGCUGGUAAUUACAUAAUGGCCAGAUUAAUCUAUGAUUUGGUGAUUCUGGAAGUUUUUUUUUUUUUUUUGUCCCCCUAGAAAUUUUAGAAUUUCUUAUAUGUCCUGUUUUUAAUUAUAUCAGGGAUAUUUUUAAUCUGUGGCAUUAAGUUGCCUGUAGAGUAAUACAUGGCUUCAUUUAAUUAACCUAAAUUGAGAAAUAUGAAUUUUGGGCAGCGAUUCCCAGGCCAGUGAUGGCGGCGAAACCGCGUUGGAGAUUUCUCAGAACCACUCCACAGAGAAGCUUCCGCUCUCGCUCUUUUGGGGAAUAUUGAGACGUUCUGCCUACACUCCCAUCAUCAACAUGACUUCCAGCUUGGGCUACUGCCCAAGCAACACACACACACACACACACACACACACACACAUACACACUCACAACAGUCCUCCACUCCUGGCUAUAGUGUAUGUGAAACGAUAUACACACUCCUCUCCUCCUAACUGAAUAGAGGAUUAGGAGGGAAGCUUGUGCUGGUGAAAUCUAAUAUUAGUGUGUCCCCAGUUAUCAUUUUGAUUCACCGCAGGCUUUAUUUGUCUCUUCCUGCUUGGACUAACACUGACCAGCUUUGGUUUUUUUUUUUUUUUUUUUUUUUUUGCCAAAACGCUGGCAUUUAGUUGUGGAGUUGUACUGUAGGUAGGUGUGUCCCUAUUUCUAGCCAUUUCCAUGGUGUCUUAAGGUAUUUGUCACUUUCCUCUGAUUUGUCCUGGGUUACCCCCACAUACAGUACAAGCAUCCACACACACACACGUUCUUUGUGUGCUAUUUCAGUUCUGUUUCAGCUCUCAGAGAUGUUCUAAUUGUACCUCAUUCUCAUUACAUGUAGAAGGGAAUUAAUUCAUUACCCCCCCCCGCCCCCCCCAACCUCUUUUUGUUAAUUACGCUCUUGAUAAUUAUCACCAUUUCAAGAUGGCCCGUACACUGAAUUUUUAAAGUCUGACUUCUGCCCCGCUGCCAGUUGGCCGGGUGCUUUGAGCUCUGCAUUAUUCAUUGCCGUGCGAGUUUCAUUCUCGUGUUGUAUGUCGCCAGUUGCGUUUGCUGUGCUACAGUAUGUGCGCCGUGUGUGUGUUUGUGUGUGUGUGUGGGGGCGUGUGUGCGUGUGUAUGCGCAUGUGUGUGCAUGAGACGCGGAGUUCCUAAUAGAGCCGCAGCUCUCCAGAAGAAUUGCACAAGGCCUUGAAAUGCAGAUGAAAACUCGUGAAAUUUCAUUCAUUGCACACUCAUCUUUGGACCUCCUGAGCAUCGCUUUGUGUCUCUCUCUCUCUCCUUUCUUGUUCUGUUCUAUGCGCUUGCUUCCUUUCUGUCUACUUUGUUUUGCUUCUUUCGUAUAUAUUUCAUUCUAUUCUGUGUUUGUUUUUUUUGUCUGUUCUGUUAAAUAUGCCAAAAUGCUCCAGUCAUUGCUAUGGGUUCUUCUGCUUAAUCAAUGCUUCUGUAGUAAAUGCUGGUUUUAGCCUUAAAAAGAAAGAUUACAGUUAUCUGCUGUAUAUUUAACUGUUGGUUUAUAUUAAACAAUUGAGACUCUUAA